UCGAUGGGGGCGCGCGGCGCUCGAUGCGCUCGGCGCUGGAGCCGCGCGGCCUGGCGGCGGGCGGCGGGGAGGCGCGACGCCAAGAUGGCGGCGGCGGCGGGCCGUGCGUGAGCCUGCCCUCGGCCCUCGGCCCUGGCGGCGCCGGGCGGGCGGCGGGCCCCGGCGGCGCCCAGCCGGCCGGCAUGUGCGAGACCUACUCGCGGUGGCUGCUGCGGGUGUCGGUGGCGCAGAUUUGCCAGGCGCUGGGCUGGGACUCGGUGCAGGUCUCGGCCUGCGACCUGCUCACCGACGUGCUGCAGCGGUACCUGCAGGGGCUGGGCCGGGGCUGCCACCGCUACUGCGAGCUCUAUGGCCGUACAGAUCCCAUUUUGGACGACGUCGGUGACGCCUUCAAGCUUAUGGGGGUUAACCUGCAUGAGCUGGAAGAUUAUAUACACAAUAUUGAACCUGUCACCUUUGCACAUCAAAUCCCUUCGUUUCCUGUCAGCAAGAACAACGUCCUACAGUUUCCCCAGCCCGGAAGUAAAGAUGCGGAAGAAAGGAAAGAGUACAUCCCUGACUAUAUGCCACCCAUUGUCUCCUCUCAAGAAGAAGAGGAAGAGGAGCAGGUACCUACCGAUGGAGGUACCUCCGCAGAAGCCAUGCAGGUGCCGCUGGAAGAAGAGGGAGAUAUGGAAGAGGAUGAGGCGAUUAAUGAUGAAAACUACCUGAGCAAGAGACCAUUAGAAAGUCCUGAUGCUGAGGAAUUUCCACCUGUGAAACGACCAAAAGUACCUGUUUCUAAAGGGGACACCUUGGACGGGGCUUUAGAACCACGUGAGCCUCUCAGUUCAAUAAAUACUCAAAAAGUGCCACCAAUGCUUUCUCCGGUUCAUGUUCAGGAUAGUACAGACUUAGCCCCUCCUUCGCCAGAACCACCAAUGUUGGCUCCCAUUGCAAAAUCACAACUGCCAACCCCCAAAACAUUAGAGGCAAAGCCAUUUGCACCCAAAACAAAGUCCAAAACAAGUUCUCCAGGACAGAAGACAAAAUCUCCUAAAACAACUCCCUCACCAGUGGUUACUGGAAGUCCCAUACGUUCACCAAAAACUGGAUCCAAAGAAAAAAAGUCACCAGGCCGCGCCAAGAGCCCCAAAAGUCCUAAAAGUCCAAAGGUUCCUGCUCAUGUUCCCCCACCACCUGCCAAGCCUGAAACACCAAGUAGAACCCCUCUGGCUGCAUUAAGUGACAAGAUAGGAAAGGAAAACAUUCAAGUAAAACAAGGGCAGACGCCACCUGAGCCUGCUACCAAGCCAAACAUUGAAAACCAGUCUAAGAAAGUAGCAGUAAUGGACAAGACGAUUGAUGAUUCAAUUGAUGCUGUGAUUGCUCGAGCAUGUGCAGAACGAGAGCCUGAUCCCUUUGAGUUUUCCUCUGGUUCCGAAUCAGAAGGAGAAAUUUUUACUAGUCCUAAAAGACUUUCUAUUUCGGAGACUACAACUCCUAAACCAUCUGUUUCUGCCAAUAAUUCAAAUAAGGCAGGAGCAACGCCAGUACCUCCCUCAGGUGGGACUUCAAGUUCAGACAUUUCAUGGACAAUGGAUGACUCAAUCGAUGAGGUCAUUCGAAAAGCAAACAUGGGGACGCCUUCUAAUCCGCCUACCAACUUCACUUAUUUCUCCUCUCCUUCUGCCUCACCACCAACUCCAGAACCUCUUCUCAAAGUCUAUGAGGAGAAAACCAAGUUGGCUUCAUCAGUAGAAGUGAAAAAGAAACUGAAAAAAGAGCUGAAGACAAAAAUGAAGAAGAAAGAAAAACAAAAGGAAAAAGACAAAGAGAAAAGCAAGGAGAAAAGCAAGGAGAAGGAGAAGAGCAAGGAGAAGGAGAAAGAGAAGGAAGGAAACAAGGAAGGGAAAUUUCAGUGGAAGGAACUACUCAAAGAUGAUGAUCUUGAUCCCUAUAAAUUCAAACUAAAGGACUUUGAGGAUGCUGACACAAAAGUGAAGUUGAAAGAUGGCAAUACCAAAAAAGAGAGGGAGAAACAUAAAGAUAAAAAGAAAGAGAAAGAGAAAGGCAAAAAAGACAAAGAUAAGAAAGACAAGGAGAAACUUAAAGAUAAAGGUAAGGAAGAUAAGAUAAAGAUGGCUCCAUCAGUACCUCUUGUGUUACCUCCCAAAGAAAUGUCUUUGCCCUUGUUCAGCACGCCAACUGCCAUGAGGCUUCCCAGCAUGUUACCUUCCUUGUCUCCAAUGCUUCCUGAAAAAUUGUUUGAGGACAAAGAGAAACCAAAAGAGAAGAAGAAAGACAAAAAAGAGAAGAAGAAAAAGAAGGAAAGAGAGAAAGACAAAGAAAAGGAAAAGAAGGAGAAGGAAAAGGAGAGGAAAGAAAGAGAAAAGAAAGAGAAAGAAAAAGAGAAACACAAACACGAAAAGAUAAAGGUGGAACCAGUUGUUCCAGCUCCAUCCCCGGUUAUUCCUCGGCUGACGUUAAGAGUGGGUGCAGGCCAAGACAAGAUAGUCAUCAGCAAAGUGGUGCCAGCCCCGGAGGCUAAACCGUCUACACCUGCGAGUCGGCCCAAAACACCUCCGCCUGUGCCGUCACCGGUACCAGCUCCUGUCCAUGUCACCCCUCCUCCGGCUCCGGCUCCUCCGCCGCCGCAAGCUACCGUCUCGCCGGUCCUGAUUCCCCCGCCGUCUCCGGCCGUCUCUGCGGCAGGAGGCUCCAAAGCCCCAGUGAGGAGCGUGGUAACAGAGACCGUCAGUACUUACGUGAUCCGCGAUGAGUGGGGUAACCAGAUCUGGAUCUGUCCUGGCUGCAACAAGCCAGAUGAUGGCAGUCCGAUGAUAGGUUGUGACGACUGCGACGACUGGUAUCACUGGCCUUGCGUCGGCAUCACGACUGCACCCCCGGAGGAGAUGCAGUGGUUCUGCUCCAAGUGCGCCAACAAAAAGAAGGACAAAAAACACAAGAAGAGGAAGCACCGAGCGCACUGAAGACGUCGGGGCGGCUUCGGGUCGUAGAGUCGCCCCAGCGCUCCUGCUCUGCCGCCGGAGCAGAGGGACCCGUCGGUGCGGAGCGCGGCCCGCAAGCAAAGCGGCGACAGGCAUCCGCUUUCGACUGUUGUGUUCCUCCGACCGUCCGGACCCAGCGGCUCGGAUUUUGGUACACCCUGAUGCCGUCUUUUUGCCGACCGAGGGACGUUUGCACAGCGUGACACGAAGACUUCGCUAGCUAAUGGUACCGCUCCCUCUCCUGUGGCUCGGCAGCAACGAAGAUGAAUGUUGUAAAUACAGAUAUCUGUCCUAUUCCUUUCUGAUUUGUUCUUACGCCCUCUUGGACCUUUGCAGCAAGGUGCUGAGAGGAGAGGAAAAUGUAAAUGGCAGUAAGUCGUAAACCGAGGAGACCUGCAAUGAUUUCUCUAGGAUCCAGUUCAGCCUCCACUGCUGAGCCAGAUAAUCACAGCGCGGGGAGGGUGGGGGGAAAGUGGCUGGUAAAUAUUUUUGUGACAAGAAUAUAUGAAGCUUUUUUCCUUGAUUUUUAGUACUAACAUAAAAUAAACAUGUUCAAGCUUUUGUGAUAUAUCUUCUAUUUUUUAAAAAAGAAAAAAAACGUUUCUAUUGUGUCAGGUUUUUUUUUCCUUCCGUGUGAAUUUAUUUUGGUGGACCUGUAAUAUAUUUUAUACUUUGGUUUUGUUUUUUAGUCCUUGUCGAUGUAUCUUGUCAUUGCCUGUACAUUUCAUCGGUGUGUAAAAACCCUUCACAUUAAAAAGAUUUUCACACGUGUAAAUACCUGAUAUUUAUAAAGUACUUUUUUUUUUAAUUAUUUUUUUAGGAUUUUUGUUGGUUUGGCGGAGAAUGCAAACCUAGCAGCUGUUAAAAGCCCGUGUAACACGUGUUUGUCCUCGUGGCUCCAAGGGCUCGGCUAAACCUGCCCUAGUGAUGCGCACGCAAGAAGUCAGCCAGCACCGUAAUUAGGCCUCGAUUCAGGUCCUUAAACACGUGAUAACUUCUUAAGUGAGUAAUGCUGUUGCCUGCAAGGAGACUGUUCCCGCACCGAGCUGUCCAUGGGAGAGCUUAGGCCCAGGGGCUCUGCGCUUGCGAUAGGAGCAACCAUGUGUUAAGCUGGAGCUGGAGCCGAUCAUCUUUAUUUUUUAUUAUUAUACUUUUUUUUGAGUGGUAACAAGUUUGCCAAAACGCUUAUGCUCAUUUUUUGGAUGAAGGACCUGCAGAAGGCCACUAUGGCCAGAAGACACGGUGCUCUGUUUUGUGUAUCGGCUUGUAAAGACCGGCAAAGUGAAUGACGAAGUUGUAUUCCCCGUUUUAAACAAGGGGGGAAAAUUAAGACAGUGUUAGCUAGUGUAAUGCAAUGGGUCUUAGAGCUAUGUAAGAUGUAAGAAGAAGUCUGAAAGACUAUGCUUGAUGUUUCAGAAGAUGUAGGGUACCUUUAGGCUUCGUCGUCUCAUCUGGGGAUAUUUUUGCUUCGAACUGCACAGCAACAACCGUUUGAGGUUUUAGUACACAGCCCUUUAACCAGCAGCACAGAGAUUAAGAGUUAUUUUUUAAAUGCAUCUAAAUGGAUAUGAAUGAGAAUGAGUUGAUCAUGUUUUGAAAAAUAUCAGUCUGCUAGUCAGGGACAUGAGGCUUUGCAGAUAGCACUGUUAAACUGCAAGUCCGUGGCGAUGUGGAUGAAAUUGGUUUAUUAAAAGUGAACUCUUACCUUUCUUUGUUCGAUGCCACCUCAUUUAUUUUCCACCCCUACUAAUUGCCACUCAGCCCAUCAGUCGAGCAAGGCCUUGGUUUUAAGGUUUUGUUUCGGAUUGUCGAAUGUUUCAAACCUGAGUCUUGUUUUUCUCCGUCUGUAAUGUGCGCACGUGCAAAAUAUACGGCCUCCGAUCCUUUCGGGUUGCAAUAAUAAAGAACUGCCUUUUGGUAAGUUGUUUAUCCA